UGCCCCGAAGAUCAAAGGCAAGUCAAUUGUCUUGCAGGCAUCAUGCAUGCUCUGCACAAACUCCUGCUUUUUCAGGUCCUGACAUCUCUCGGACAAAAUGCAGAUGGUAGUAUAAUCCCAAAAGCAAUAGCCCCAGAUGAUACGUUUGAGUUUUUAGUCUCCCUGCAAAGCGACGAGAAACAUGUGUGCGGAGGAUUCCUGAUCAGCGAAGACUUUGUGCUCACUGCUGCGCACUGUCGCGUCGAGAAACCGGACAGGGUCGUUGUUGGCACUCACAAUCUCCUCAACGUUGGUGAUGAAAAUGUAAGAUACAUUGAACAGAGCUACAAACACCGAUCCUAUACACAAGUAGACGGAGGUUAUGACAUCAUGCUCCUCAAACUGACGAGGAAAGUUGCCGGGAACAAAAAAACAAUCAUUGCCCUUCCUCCUUCUAAUAUGCACAUUCAAGAAAAGAAAACCUGCCAUGUAGCUGGAUGGGGUAACACAGAGACUGGUGGUGGAGUUGUUGAUAGGCUGAUGGAGGUGGAUGUGUCUGUCAUAAACCUGGACACAAUUACAUCAAAACCGUCUCUCCUGAUUGAAAUGCUCUCAGUCAUGGGUCCUUCUGUUCCUUCCGAUGUUAUCUGUGCCGGCGGUUAUGGCAGCCACAAAGGCAUCUGUCAGGGUGAUUCUGGUGGUCCUCUGGUGUGCGACGGGAUAGCUGUUGGUGUUGUGUCUUUCAACUACGGCAGAAUCUGUAACUACCCAAAUAAACCCAACGUCUACACAGAGAUCUCCAAAUACCUUGGCUGA